CAAAUAAAAUGGCCCCCACCAAAUAUAGAAAUGGAUAACGCCGAAUCUUCACGUUGUCCACUACGAAGUACAACCAUAAAUACAUACAGUCUACAUGUCUCUAUAGUCAGGCAUAUCCCACUUGUACCCUUAUCCUGUUAUCCCUUUAAAUUCAUUAUCCUCGUCUUUCCAACUUUCCUCAUAAGCGAAGAAAAGGAUUAAGCUGUGUUCAUACUCAAUACCAUACCAAAAACCUCACCUUUAUUUCCCAAUUUCAAAAGCUGAACAGUUGAUUGAUUAGAAAGAUUUGAGAUUAUAAAACCGAGACAAGUUGCAGAUAAUGAUGAUGCAGAUGGAGAUGGGUUCUUCUACUACCUUAGAUCAAGAAAAGAAGAUCGGAAUCAUGGGUUAUGAAAAUCAAGAAGAAGAUGAUUCGUUCUCUUCUGAUGUUUCGAGUAUGGUAUCAUCAGAUGAUGAAUCCGAUGAUGCAUUUGAAGAAAGCAAUUCAUCUUCCGGUAGCUCUCCGUCGUCUAACGACGAUCAUCGGAGUGCCUUGGGAGACAUGUCUGAUCUUCUUCACCAACUUCCCUCCAAGAGAGGUUUGUCAAAGCACUUUCAAGGAAAGUCGCAAUCUUUCACAUCGUUGGCAAACGUGAUGUGUUUAGAAGAUCUUGCGAAGCCAGAAAACCCUUACAACAAGAAACUGAAAUCAUGCAAAAGCUAUGUCGGAUUAUCCAAAGUGCUUCCACCUCCGACAAGAAGUGCUUCUUCCUCGAAGCUUUUCAACAACAAGCCAUCGUCAAGAACAUCAUGUUCUUCACUAAGUAUAGGAAGAAAUGGUAGUUUCCUUGGAUUAAGCAACACCAGUAGGCCACCUAGUCAUCCAUCUCAUAACAAUGGUGCCACGAGUGCUUUUUAGCUAUUCGGAUCGAACCCUUUUGUUCGUUUGAGGCAAUCAUGUUCAAGUUGAUCGAUCUUUCAAGGGAUCCUUGGCUUUUUGGAUGUUCGAGUCUCGAGAGGGAAGUUUCUUUCCUUCGCAUUUUGCAAGAGAUUGUUGUCAUGACCCGUACUUUCGUGUAUUUGAGUUACAAUACAAUCAUUGUGUAUAUACUAAUGGAUUUGUUUAAGGGAAUUGAUUUAUGUUUGUGGGUGUAUCCAGAUACUAUAAUCUUAAUUAGAAGAUACUACAGAUCGUUUUUAGUCCUUUUACUUCCAUAAAGCUGCAAAUUGGUCUUCCGUAGAUUUAUGGGGUUGUUAGGCCUUCCAUGUGCAUAUAUGAAGGCUGAAUAUUUAUUGAAGAGUAUCGUUUUGAAAA